AUGAGUACAACAUUCGAAGGAAUAUCUUCUAUGCAAAAGGUGCUAAAAAGUCUAAGAAGAAGUCAUGUAAACAUAAGAAAUGAAAAUGUAAGGUUUAUAAAAGGCAGUAAUUUUAAUAUAUCAUUAAUCUAUUAUUUAGUAGAUGCGAGUUACAUUGUGCAAGCAGUUGCUCAAGCAGUCGCGGCAGUAUUUAGUAAGGGGAAAGAAAGAGCAAGAUCAUCAUUGUCCUUAAGCUCUAGUAGCUUAGGAGCUACUAGUAGUGAAGAUGAAAGUGAGGUAGAUCCAUUAGUAGGAAAAAAGGUAGAUCAGGUAGUAGAGGUAGUGAUAGGUCAGUUAGUAGGAGCACAAGCUAGCCAAUCACAAAACGUGAGGCAAAAGCUGAUUCUGGCUAUUGCAAAAAAAUUACCAGAAUAUUGGCACCAUUCUGGUGUGAUUGAAAAAAUUCUAAAACAACAUCAUAAGAUGCAACGACGAACAGCAACAAUAAAUGCUGAUCCAAAAUUAAAGGCCUACAAUCGCACCAAAAUGGGGAAAAAUAGAUCAGUCAAAGAAUGGUGA